AUGAUUAGUGUUUUAAAUACUAUUGACACCGGCCAUGAAGACAUGAUACACGAUGCAGAGUUGGAUUACUAUGGACUUAGAUUAGCGACAUGUUCUUCGGAUAACUCUGUUAAAAUUUACGACAUCAAAAGCGGUACACAAACUCUUGCCGCAGACUUAAAGGGACACUUUGGACCGGUAUGGCAGGUUGCUUGGGCCCAUCCAAAAUUUGGUAAUCUACUGGCUUCUUGCUCAUAUGACAGAAAAGUGAUAAUAUGGAAAGAAUCCGGAGAAUGGACCAAGCUAUACGAAUAUUCCGGUCAUGAAAGUUCUGUGAAUUCAGUAGCGUGGGCGCCGGAAGAAUACGGGUUAAUACUGGCAUGUUGUAGUUCAGAUGGGUCAAUUUCUACCAUCACUUACAAUCAAGAUGGAGGAAAUUGGGAUGUUAAAAAGAUUCCUGGUGCCCAUGCCAUUGGAGUUAAUUCCAUCAGUUGGUGUCCAGCAAUAUCUGCCGAUCUGCAUUUAGAUCCCCUUACCAACAAAGAUGCACCCAAAAGGAUAGUGUCUGGUGGAUGUGACAACUUAAUUAAGAUUUGGAAGGAGCAAGGAGAUCAAUGGAUUGAAGAGAACCGUUUGGAAAUGCAUAUGGAUUGGGUGCGGGAUGUCGCCUGGGCUCCAUCCCUUGGGUUACAACGUUCUAUGAUAGCCAGUUGCUCUCAGGAUAAAAGAGUUGUUAUAUGGUCUAGUGACGAUAAUGUGUCUUGGAGUCCAACUAUUCUCAAUACAUUUGACGAUGUCAUUUGGAGUGUCAGUUGGUCUUUAACAGGUAAUAUUCUAGCGGUAUCCGGAGGAGACAAUAAAGUCAGUCUUUGGAGGGAAAAUGCCGAUGGACAGUGGUUAUGUAUAAGCGAAGUAGCGAAAGGCUUGGGUCAAGCACCCAAUGAGGAGAGGAGCACACUUUGA